AUGGACUCCACAUCUGAAAAAGUCAAACCGAACAUCAAGACCGACAGCGUGUCAUCCGACCCAACGCAAGGAGCGAUCUACAUUGACGUCGAGGAGGAGAAGAAAGUUCUCCGAAAGUUCGACAAAUAUAUCCUCCCACAGGCAUUUGUUUUCAUCUUGUUGAAUUAUCUCGGCCGUUCUAACCUUGGGAUGCCCGUGUUUUUGGCUUCGAAAGAAGUCUUGGAUUAGAAGGGAAUCAGUUUGGCAACCUCGUUACCUUAUUCUUCGUCCCAUAUAUUGUCACUGAAGUGUUCUGGGUCAGCGCGGUCAAGCGCUUUGGGGCCAACUAUAUCAUCACGAUUGCUCUUACUGGCUGGUGUCUAGCAACCAUUGGGACCGGAUUUGUUCAGAACUAUGGUCAGGCACUAGCUUGUCGUAUGCUUCUCGGUCUUUUCGAAGCUGGUGUCGCGCCUUGCUUUGCCUUCAUCUUCUCUACCAUAUACGCUCGCGAAUCUCUAGCAAAACGAAUUGCUCUAGUCAACCUCGCCAAUGCCACUUCUGGGGCUUUCGGUGGAUUAUUAGCUUAUGGCCUUCAAUCGAUGGGAACACGUCGAGGUCUCGAAGCCUGGCGAUGGCUGUUCAUCAUUGAAGGCGCAGCUAGUCUUGCUAUCUGCGGUGGCCUAUUGUUGUCCUUUCCCAACACACCUGAGGCCGCCUGGUUCUUGAGCGUAGAAGAGAAAGAAAUUAUGGUACUUCGCAAAAAGCGCGACAUCUUGUACAAAUGGGAUGAUCAGUUUGAAUGGAAAUGGGUCAAGGAAGCAUUGACCGACCCUUUUGUUUACAUCGCUUCUCUGGCUUUUUUCACCAGCAGUGUCGCAAUUUUUGGAUUUGGAACUUUCCUUCCUACAAUAAUCAAAGGUUUUGGCUACAGCUCUUUGGAGGCCAACUACCUUACCAUUCCAGUCUAUGUCACCGGUGCUAUUUCUCUAGUCGCACAGGCCUACUGGUCUGAUCGCCUGCAAAAACGCGCUCUAUUCCUGGUUGUGUCCGCCAUUCCUGUCACCACGGCCUACAUUAUCUGUGUCGCUACACCUAACAAGGUCGCUGGUUUUGCCGCCAUGUUCAUCCUUGUUCUUGGGGUUUAUUCUGUCUCUUGUCUAAUGAUUACAUGGAUGGCCACCAACCUGAUCCCUGAGUACAAGCGCUCCGUCGGUCUUCCGAUCUUCUGCAGUAUCGGGAACUGCAGUGGCCUCGUGUCUGGCCAACUCUAUCCUCCAUCUCAAGGACCCAGAUACAUCAUGGGCAACUCAAUAUCAGCUAGGUUAGAAGUUGUUUCUGUUGUGUUUGUUGGCCUGACAUGGCUCCUUCUUCGACGCAGGAAUGCGGAAAGGGAGAAGCUGAUUGCACAAGGGACUACAACUAAUGGCAUGGUAGGGGAUAAAGCGCUUGAUUUUGAGUAUUGCCUUUAGAGAUUGUGGAUUAGUAUGAUUAUUUUUGAACCAGCACGGGCUUCUAUUCCGUAGUUUACUGCGACAUGAAUUUUAGAAUUCGAUGAGCUAGCAAAAAAUCUCCGAAGUAUAUGACCCAUGAAUAAUAUUAUACGAAGUUACGGUCGGAUACUUAUCGUCAACCCUAGCAGAAUCUUCAAGGUCAAGCGUUGCAAUGAAAGGAAGUUUUCGGCGGGGUAAACCUUAUAAUCGGGGUAAUAGUCGGUCCCCUAUCAAUUCUGCCCAACAUAAGAUGUCUGGAGGAACAUCCACGUGCUCAUUCAUGUCGACACCACAAUGAACGUCGUCAGGAAUAAAGAUCAGCGCCCGUGUGAUAACUGUCGAAGGCGAAAAAUACGCUGCUUGUACGCAUCAGAAGACGCUACGAAUUGUGUUUUGUGUCUGUCCCGCUCUACCAUAUGUACCUUUCUGCAGGAUGCGCCCCGGAAAAAGAGACCUCAUACGUCAAGCAACACGAAUCAGGAUGAAGGUACGGUAAACCAGGGGUAUUCGCUCCACUAUUCCUCCUAUUCGCCAAAUCCGUGAGCUAACAAGCUAAAGGCGUAAGACUUCAUCAACUGGUAUGCGAGUGAACAUAGUAAACACUGGCAUAAAAGCUGAAAAGAUAGGACAAGAUAGUAGGCCUGUUCUACGGGAUUAUUCUGACCUCAAAGGGAAAUCACUACUGAAAGAAACUCUCGGGCAUCAAAAUCGUCAAUCUACAUCAGCUUUAGGAGGCACGUCAGACUUUGAUCCUGCCAUCAUACGCAACUUGUCUUUUAACCCUCAAGGGAAAUGUCUCGACAACAUGCAGGAUGAUAUGGUACUCCGGCGACCAAGUGUAGAUGUCCAUUUCUUGAUGCGCCCAGACAACCAGGAGGAAAUGGAUCAAGAACUGGAAAAUCUAGAUAUUAUCGAAAGGCUCGUUGCUCCACACGGACAGGAACUGGUCAAUCUCUAUUUCCGGAUUGUUCAUCCUACCUUUCCAAUCCUCAUAAGAAAGUCUUGCUUGAAAAUAUUGGUCGGUUUUACCGCGAAUCUACUCCUUCUGGACUUGGGGCAGUCUAUGUUAUGGCAUUGGAUUGGUGGUCAUAUAGUCCAUAUCUCUCCACCAAGCCCAAACCAGAUGCCAAAGAGUUGGAAAGAGUAGUUACUAGAAUGUUGUUUGAAGUACAACAACGACCGAAGAUAUCUGACCUACAAGGUGGUUUGGUGUUGCUACAAAAAUCAGAUGUGAAUUCUUGGGCAAUGACAGGUCACUUACUGGCUAUGGCCCAGAGUCUAGGAAUACACCUUGAUUGUACUGAUUGGCAAGUUCCUGACUGGGAGAGGGGCAUUCGGAAACGUGUUGCGUGGGCUUUAUUUUUGCAAGAUAAGGUGUUACUUUCUUGCUAUAUUAUUUUGAGACAACCUGAUCUAACCAGUAUCUUUUUUAGUGGGGUGCGUUGGUGUACGGACGACCAUCCAAUAUAAGAAUGGACAGUUGGGAUGUCAGACCACUAGAGGUCUCAGAUUUUCCAGAGACAUCCAAGGACAAUGAUGACGAAGAAGGAAGUGCUGAAAUCGGAAAAGGAAGACAAACCUUCGUUUACAUGGUCUCGCUCACCAUGAUCGUCUCUGAGAUCUUAGAUCAAUUCUUCACGUUGGCAGCGAUUAGGCGCAGGGAAAACUUGCCAGCUAUGCUCGACCGUGCCAGGCCGCUUCAAAUGCGUCACAAGGAAUGGUUCUCUUCUCUCCCGCAGAUGUUAUCGGUUGAUGAUAUAAAGCCUCGAAAAUUAUCCUCAGUUGGAUACCUCCACCUAGCAUACUACACAGCAGAAAUUACGCUUCAUCGCGCUAUUCUUCGUUCUCAUUCCUUUCCCCAGUCCAGACUCAGAUUUAAUUCUCAUGACUCGUCGCACGGCAGGCACACGAUUCUCAUCAGCGCUCGAUUUUGUCCAACGACUACGCCAAGAACAUCUCCAAAGUUUCUGGCACUUCUCAUCGAGUUGUAGCCUCGCAAUUAUCGGGAUUUUUGCAGGCAUACUCGCCAUCACCAGUACAGAUCCGCAGGAACGUGACUCAUAUAUCUCGCGACUGGCAGAGUAUCGAUGGAUUCUUCGAGUCAGCAAUACCGGUUCUUCGGUUAUGAAAUAUGCUGUUGGGGUGCUGGACAAGACCAGUCAGUUGCUGGAACAACAGAUCAAACAAGAGGGCUCGAGAAGAGAGUCAGAGAUUCAGGAAAUUCCGGCGUUAGAGGUGUCGCCAACAUAUAGUGGCUCGGUUUCAGUGGGCGUGGAGGAUCGUGGAUGGAGUGAAUCAAGCGUGAUUGAUCCGCAGCACAUGGGGUAUAGUCAUGAUUUGAAGAAUUUUCCCAUGUAUGACAUGGCUAGUAUGGCUAACACUGACUUCUUCACGUUCGACAAUAGUGCGGGGCGCUGAUUUACAUAGCUAAUAAAAGAAGAUUGCUUGGAAAUUGUUGUUCGAUAGAAAGGGGAGAACUGUUCAAUUUGUAAAAGUAAGGUACAGGUGGGCAUUAAAUACCCUGGCAUGACGCUAGUGCAUGUAGUGAGUGAAUAUCAAAUAUGUCCAACAAAAAUCCGUGGGCAAAGUGUUGGCAGGCUUCCACUUGGUUCCUGCCAGUGUAAUUGCUCGUAAUUCUCUAGCGAAUCUGGAUUUUGUACUGCUCAAAGGACUGGUACGAGGAGAGAAUAGGGCGUAA